AUGGGGAACACAAAACCCGGUAUACCCGUACCCAUUGACAUCCCUAGGUGGAACCCCUCUUUGCUCGAUUUCUUCUCCAGCAUGUCGGGUAAUGGACGGAAUGAUAAAGGCCGGAAGAACAACCCUUCUUCUGGCAGUACGGGGCGUAGGGGGAGGGCAUCCCCAAAUUCUACUGACGAGCAACGUCAUACGACGUUGCUCACACCGACCGACAUGCCUAUGAUCACUGGAGUCGCAGGCUCUAAUAGUCAAGGUGCCAUUGCUCCGCAAACCAACAUGGCUGAUCCUCUAGCAGACUUAGCUGGGGUUAUGCGCUAG